AUGAGUAUCAAGGGGUUGAAGGAAACCGGGUCUAGUGCAGUGGCAGCCUCAGAAGGGGCAGGUGGUGUUGGUGGUGUGAGUGGUGUAUCAACUGAGAGCACAGAUGGCGCAGGCGGGGAGCAGGGAAAGGCACUCUUGAAAGCAUCACGUGAGGGAAAUCAAGGGAGAGGAGAAGGUGGAGUGACUCCCGUGGUGAGGGCAGCAGAGGGAAGGCGAGGGGAGGAAUUUGCAGGGAUGAGAGUGGUAGGGUUGAAAGGUGUAAAAGAGGAGGUUGUGGAAGAGAAAGUACCGACAAAGACGGUGGUGGGGAGUGAGAGGAAAGAACAAUUGGGGGAGGCAGAGGGAGGGGGUUCUCGGUGGGAUAGGUUGUUUGCUGUUGCUUCGUGUGAGGUGGAAGAGGAGGAGGAGGAGGAGGAGGAGGAGGAGGAGGAGGAGGAGGAGGAGGAGGAGGAGGAGGAGGAGGAGGAGGAGGAGGAGGAGGAGGAGGAGGAGGAGGAGGAGGAGGAGGAGGAGGAGGAGGAGGAAGGGGGCUUAGAGGAGGGAGAGGGGGAAGAGGGGAAGGAGCGAGAGCACAAGGAUUGGGGAAGCUCAAUUUCAAAGGGAGCAUAUGAGAGAAUGGAAGAAGAUAAAGUGGAAGAGGAUGAGUUGGAAGGUACGAGUGAGGAGGGUGAGGAGAGUGAAGAGGAAGGAAGGGAAGUGGAGAGGAGGGAAGCCAAGGAGGUACUGAAAGUGGGAGAGGAGCGAGAGGAGGAGGAGACGGAAAUGGAGGGGGAGGGGGGUGAGGGACAGGAGGAAGGUCAGGGAGAGGAGGAGGGUGAUGGAGAGGAGGAGGGUGAGGUAGAAGAGGAAGGGGAGAUAGAAGAGGGUGGAGAAGGGAGUGAGGAUGAGGGAGUAGAGGAAGGGGAGGAGGAGGAGGGUGGGGAGAGUGAGGAUGAUGAGGAGGAUGCACGGGACAAUGAGGAAGAAGGGGAGGAAGAGGAGGCAGCAUGGGAGGAUGACAAGGGAGUGAGGGAGGAGGAGAAGGGGAGGAGGGGGAGGAGGAAGAAGGGGAGGAGGGGGAGGAGUGGGAGGAGGAGGAAAGGGAGGAGGGGGAGGAGGAUGUGGGAGAGAGGAGGAGGAGGAGGAGGAGGAGGAGGAGGAGGAGGAGGAGGAGGAGGAGGAGGAGGAGGAGGAGGAGGAGGAGGAGGAGGAGGAGGAGGAGGAGGAGGAGGAGGAGAAUGA